AUGUCCUCUGCUCAUGAUGCCACCACCAAGAUCUCCAUUGACAAGUUCGACGGCGACAACUACGCGACAUGGAGCCGCUACAUGCGUGGCGUGUUCCUGACCAAGUCGACGUGGCACGUGGUGAACCGGGAGACGUCAUCGACCUACGCGGACGAUCGCGCCAUGGACGACUACGUCAAGGCCAACAACAUCGCUUUCGGACUGAUGUUGCUGCACAUGGACGCAGACUACCAUCACAUCGUCGAUGACUGUGAAGAGGCGUGUGUCGCGUGGGCGCGUUUGAAGACUCUGUACGGCGGGUCGCAGAAGGCUGGACGCAUCUACUUGAAGCGCCAGAUGUUCAGCAUGGAGAUGGCGGAAGGCGGUAAUGUGAUGCAUCAUUGCAAUGAAGUCCUUAACAUCAGCGCGAAGCUCAGCAGCAUCGGCGCCAAGAUGGAGGACGAGGACGUGGCGAUCUGCUUGUUGCGCAGCCUCCCCAAGAGCUACGAGAACGUCGUUCUCAACUUGGAGAUGAGCAGCGCGGAACUGCGAUCGCGAGACGUCGUGAGAGUGCUCACGAAUGAGCACAUCAAGAGGCAAGGUGACCAGACGACAUCGGUGAAGACUGAAGACGCGGCGAAGGCGUUCAGUACCGAGCGUGAACCUCGCCAGUGCACAUACUGCGGAAAAUUGGGGCACACGGCGGAGCGGUGCUGGACCAAGCAGAAGGACGAAAAUCAAGGUGGAGCUCGACGCGGCGGCAACAAUGCUCGUGGACGCGGAGCCAACAACGUUCAGUGGCGAACCAACAACAACAACGACGACGACAACUACGAUCGAGUUGCGUUCGCGGUUUCGCUGGAAACUGGACUUUCGACGGGCAAGAAUAUGCCAGGGAUGUGGGCAGUCGACAGUGGUGCGACGCAUCACAUCUGCAACGACAAAGCCAAGUUUGCAAGCCUGAAUGAGCGAGAGGAAGGCGAACUAUCAGUGGCUGAUGGCAGCAAGGCUGCGGUCAAGGGUGUGGGAACCAUCAUGGAACGGGUGGUUCUGCCCAAUGGUGACGAACGCGACAUCGAGAUCAAGGACGCACUGUUCGUACCAAGUAUGAGCAAGAAUCUGCUUUCGGUGCCACAGAUCAACAAGGGUGGCAGAUUCCAAGUCGUGUUCGAUGGGUCCAAGAUGCAAGUGAAGCGCAAGAAUUCCACACAAGUCGUGGCAACAGCGGAUCUCGUCGAUGGACUUUACUGGCUGCGGACUCCUCAACGAUCGGCAAAUGCAGCAACACGCAAUGGUACCAUCGACUUGCAUGCGCGCAUGGGUCAUGCACCUCUCGAAGUUCUGCGCAAGAUGGUGGCCACUGGCACAUGA